GCGACAACACCCUCGUUGAUUAAAUCGUGUGUAACUCGUCUAUAACUCAGAAACAGGGCAGCUGUCAUGUUGGCUUUACACUAGUGUUUUGCUCUUUUGCGCUCAUCACACCCUUCGAAGACGAUGUUGUCUGUCAGACAGUUGUUUCGGUGUUAUCGCAGCCCUUCAGCUCUGUCCAGACUGUGCACCGCCGGGUUUCACCGACCAACGACGACCACAGCCAGGACGGGGCUCCUCUCCCGGAAUGACCAGUAUAGACUUUGUUACUUGUUACCUACUGACAGAGGCGAAGCUGACCUGAUCAGCUGUAGAGGAGUCUCAACUUCACCGAGUAUCAGAAGUGACGCUGUUGGGAAGAUCCAUACAACACAUUACCAUCUUGUUUACACAUGCAAGGUUUGCUCUACUAGAUCCACACAGAAGAUAUCCAAGCAGGCUUACCACAAAGGUGUAGUGAUAGUGACAUGUCCGGGAUGUAAGAAUCACCACAUCAUCGCUGAUAACCUCAGCUGGUUCUCUGAUCUGGAAGGGAAGAGGAACAUUGAGGAAAUCCUUGCUGCCAAAGGAGAGACUGUGAAGAGGAUUGAAGGAAGUGCUGCUUUGGAGAUAGUGGUGGAUGAAUCCAACAAAGACAAGUCACAAUGUAGUGAAGACACUGAAAAAUCAGACAUUAAUCCAGAAAAACAAUAGUGCUGUGUUUAUACUGUAUGUAGAUAUUGAAAGAUGUAUAUAUUUAUUUUUAUAAUGCAUGUAAAUCUUUUUAAUUGCUAAUGUUCUUUUGUCUUGAAAUCUGAGCAAUGUGGGACUAGCUUUUAAUAGCUAGGGCUAGAACUGUAAUCCCUGCUAAAUGAUUGUAAAUUAAACUGAAAAAGUCAUGUAUUCAAUUAAAACCAUCCCAACAUUUUCUGACUACAACCAAAGCUAUUCAGAAGCAUCUUCCUCUGUAUGUAAAUUGCCUAUUAUGUAUAAAGGUUGUAUUUUACCAUAUUUCAUCUAAAUAUUAAAUGCAG